AUGGUGCAGGCCGCCCAGAAGGCGGCCCGCAACGCGCAGGCGCUGCAGGUGGCCGUGGCGCAGGCCCAGGAGCAGGACCGCGCCGCGCAUGCGGAGGUCGAGCUGGAGACCCGGCAGCGCGAUCGCGAGCUGUCGGAGAAGAAGCGCCGGCUAGAAGCUGAGAUGGAGGCCAAGGAACGCGUGAUCAAGGAGGCCACCGAGGCCCAGCUGUCCGAGGAGCAGGCCGCCGAGCAGGCGACGCGCGCCGCUGGGGCCGAGGCGCCCGCGCGCGCCGCGCAGGCCGAGGCGCAGGCGGCCCGCGGCGCGCAGGCCCUGCUGGUGGCCGCGGCGCAGGCCUCCGAGCGGGCGGCCCGGGAGGCCAGGCAGCGCGAGCUCGCGACGACCGCCGAGGCCCAGCGUGCCGAGGAAGAGGCCUCCGAGGGGGCGGCCCUGGCCGCGCAGGCUGCGGCAAUGCAGGGGGCCAAGCGGCUCCAGGAGGCCACCGAGGCCCAGCGGGCCGAGGAGCAGGCCGCCGAGGAGGCGGCCCGCGCCGCGCGCGCCGCGGAGGAGCAGGAGGGCAAGCUGCGCGUGCUCACCAGGGCCGCCGAGGCCGAGCGGGCCGAGCAGCAGGCCUCCUCGCAGGCGGCCGCGGCUGCCCUCGCCACGAGUGCUUCGGCAGAGCAGGAGGCCAAGCUGCGCGAGCUCAGGGAGGUCGCCGAGGCCCAGCGGGCCGAGGAGCGUGCCGCCGAGCAGGCGGCCCGCGCCGUGCAGGCCGAGGCCGAGCAGGCGGCCAAGCAGCGCGAGCUCAAGGAAGCCGCCGAGGCCCAGCGGGCCGAGGAGCUUGCCGCCGAGCGGGCGGCCCGCGCCGCGCAGGCCGAGGCGGAGGCCCGCGAGGCGCAGGCCCUGCGGGCGGCCGCCGAGCAGGCCGCCGAGCAGAGCCGCGCCGCGCAGGCUGCGGCCGAGCAAGAGGCCAAGCAGCGCGAGCUGGAGGCGCGGGAAACGAAGCAGAGGCUCGAGGCUGCGCUGGAGGCCAAGCAGCGCGAGCUCGGGGAGGCGAUCGAGGCCCAGCAGGCGCAGGAACGGGCCGCUGCCCAGCAGGCAGCCCGCGCCGCGGAGGCCGAAGCGCUGGCCAAGGCGGUGCAGGAGCGGCAGGCGGCCGCGGCGCAGGCGGCCGAGCAGGAACGCGCCUCGAAGGAGGCGCAGGCCCGCGAGGAACAGACCCUGCAGGCGGCCGCCGCGCAGGCCGCCGAGCGGGAGCGCGCCGCGCAGGAGGCGCAGGCUCGCGAGGAGCAGUCUCGGCAGGCAGCCGCGGUGCUGGCCGCCGAGCAGGAGCGCGCCGCGCAGGCCGAGGCCGAGCAGCAGGCGAGGCAGCGCGAGCAGGAGAUGCUGGAGCAGCGGCAGAGGCUGGAGGCUCAGCUGGAGUCCAAGCAGCGCGAGCUUCAGAAGAGCACUGAGGCCGAGGAGGCGAAGAUUCACGCUGCCGAGCAGGCGGCCCGUGCCGCAAAGGCCGUGGACAGCGUGCCCGGGUGCUACGUGCGCAUACCUUCGGGGUGCCUCCUCAUGAGGAGCCAGAUAUGGAAAAAGGACACGUGGGCGGAGAAGCACGGCGUCGACAAGAAGGGGUGCGAGAAGCGCAAGAGUGUGUGGGACAGCUACUGCGACUCAAAAGACACGGAGAUGGCUUUCGUACCCGACGAGAGCCAGUAG